AUGAACGAUACUUCUCAAUAUCAAAACCCUAACCCUAAUUAUCAUCAAGUCACAGACAGUACUACUACCGAUCUGCUUAAUGAAUUGCUCGAUUUCAAAUUCUCGGAUUAUUUCGCAUUUGAUGGUGUCUUGGAGGAAGAGAAUUCUACGCAGGCGAAUGUGGAUAGCAGCUUCAAUGGAUCUUCGAGUUCAUCAACUCCAUUAGCUAGUAACAUAAGAAAAGUGAACAAGUAUAAGACAAAAGAUGAGUUUAGGUUAGCAUUUCGAACAAAAUCAAAGCUGGAAAUAAUGGAUGAUGGAUUUAAAUGGAGAAAAUAUGGGAAAAAGAUGGUCAAGAGCAGCCCCAAUCCAAGAAAUUACUUCAAAUGUACAAGUGAAGGAUGCAGUGUGAAGAAAAGGGUAGAAAGAGAUAGGGAUGAUCCAAAUUAUGUGGUGACAACCUAUGAAGGAAUUCAUAAUCACCAGAGCCCUAAUUGUAUUGUCCAUUACAAUAAAAACCAGAUGCCAUGUUCUUUACAACCAUCUUCUUCUCUACAUUAA